AUGUAUGAUUGGUUAGCUUAUGGAUAUUUCCGAGUAGUAGCUUCUCUUAAUAUUGAUGAUGUACCGAAAGGGACAGAUAUUCGGACUAACUUAGAUCGUAUAAAUGAUUCCAAAAACAUUGAAGAAUUAAUUGAUAAAGUAUCAGAUAUAUCCAAUUUCAAUGAAUUAGCCGGAUGUACCAUUCCAAUAAAGAAGAUGGAAGAUAAGGAAAAGAUAAUAUCGUCAUGUGUGAAGUUUUAUAAACUCGAUCGUGCUCAGUCUGCAAUGACAAGAUGGCGCAUCGAAAUUAGAGUUCAGAGACAUUUUGAUGUUUGCUACUGGGUCAGAAUCAGUACCCCCUUGUGGUUUUGA